AUGAUCUUGAUACAUAAAGGCGGGAAUAAUUGGAUAGGUAGAGUGGGCGGGAAAAUUGGUCUUCUGGAGGUAAUUUCUUUCGAAAAUCAAACGGAUUAUGUUGGAGGGAAACAUAGUGUAUUUUUUUUCGGAAAUCUAGUAUAUAGGGAAAAUGUAGAUAGAAAAAUAGCAAUAUCAUUAGUAGAUCUAGCGGGCCUAAAGAAUAGGGAUGCACUUCACCAGGGAAUUUCAUCGUCAGGCCUUGGAUCCGUAAUGGCUGAA